AUGUCCAAACAGCAGAGCGAACGGGCCUUUGGCAACCUUGCACCAUGGAGUGAGCCUGCGUGGUCUCAUGGCAUUCCAUCGCCAUAUUACAACGAGUCACACAAGAAGUAUCGAAAUGCUCUCCGCGAAUAUGUGAACACGCACAUUCUACCUGAUGCAUUAGAUUGGGAAGAAGCUGGAGGCGCACCAGAACCAAGCCGACUUCAAUGGGCUAAGUCAGGAUUCGCUUUCUCGGAUGUCCCAAUCCAAUACAGGCCUAAAGAUAUUCCGUUCCCUGGAGGCAUUCCUGUCGACAAGCUAGACGCUUUCCAUUUGCUGAUCUCGACCGACGAAACUUCACGAGUUGAGGGUGGUGUCACAUCUUCUCUGGGCGGCGGAUCGGUUAUUGGCAUUCCGCCAGUGAUCCAUCAUGGCACGGAGGCACAGAAACAAAAGUGGCUACCAGGAUUAUUCACACAAGAAACGUCUUUCUGCUUGGGUAUCACGGAGCCUAGUGGCGGCUCCGACGUGGCCAAUAUUCAGACAACAGCUGAGAAGACGCCGGAUGGCAAGUUCUAUAUCGUCAACGGCUGGAAGAAAUGGAUCACCGGUGCUCCCUGGGCAACACAUAUGACCACCGCAGUGCGAACCGGCGGACCCGGCUUGAAGGGUAUCUCUGUGGUCGUGAUAGAUGUGAAGUCACCUGGCGUUUCAAUGAGAAGAAUACCCAAUAGCGGCCAAAAAGCUGGAGGCGCGUCACUAGUCGAGCUCGAUGAUGUGAAAGUGCCAGUAGAAAACCUUUUAGGAAAAGAGAACGAAGGCUUCAAAGUGAUCAUGGUUAACUUCAACAGAGAGCGGUAUAUCAUGGCCGUGGGCUGCAACCGGAAAGCCAGGACUUGCCUAGCGCACGCAUUCGACUACGCGAACAAGCGUGAGACGUUUGGGAAGAAAUUGAUCGAGAACCAAAUCAUCGCUCACAAGUUCUCGACCCUGGCGAGAUAUAUCGAGAGCCACUGGGCUUGGCUUGAGCAGAUCGCAUAUGCUGUUCAAGUCUCGCCGUAUGGUUGGCAGGAUCCGGAUGUGGCAGGGAGAAUAGCAUUGGCCAAGGUGCAAGGAGGACGAAUUCAGGAAAUGGCGAACCGCGAAGCGCAGCAGGUCUUUGGAGGAGCUGGGUAUCAGAAGGGAGGUCCAGGCGCUGUUGUGGAACAAAUGAGUCGCGAUCUGAGAAUGAUGGUUGUGGGAGGAGGUUCGGAAGAAAUUAUCAGCGAUUUGGCUGUCAGGCAAGAAACUGUUCUUGCUAAGAGGCGAGGAUGGAAAUUGUAG